AUGCCCAACGACAACAAGAUCGUCCAGACGCAGUGGUCGGUUGACAACACGUCAUUUGUGCUUACAAGUACCCUUCUCAAAUUGGCCAGGGCUGUCCGCCAGGAUGAAGCCCAAAGCAAUGCCGUCAUGGCCUUCUCCGCUCUCGGCAUGAGCAUUCUCGUCUCGCCAGAAAGGAUCGACGAAGGACUCGACGCGCUGGAUACCCGAGGACGAUAUUUCCAUCUUGAACGCUUCGCUAUCAUGCUUGGAUUGCACACCGGGGGUAUCGCUACGUUGAUACGAAACGAGGAAAAGCGAUGCGUCCCAGCCUUUCUCCUUGCGACUAGCCUCAAAACGAUGCUAGAUGACAGCGCAAUCGGGGCCAUACUGUUUGAAAUGCUGUCUCUGCAGGGCUUGUCAAGCAACCCGGACCUCCGAUCGUCUCGCCGUGAGCUUACUGCCGUCGUUUCCGCAUUUUCUGGCUUCAGCGACGUCAUAGUGCCUACGCAAUUGUUUCAAUCGGUUGAAAGCAGGGUCAGACAAGUCACGACUGACCCCAGGCACCUCAAACUGGCGUUCCAGGAGCCGGAUAGUAAACAAAUUGCGGAAGUCUACUCGAGGGUCUUUGCCUUUCUGCAAGACGAAGAAAAGAAAGACAACAUAAUCACUUUACGCGGUAUAGCCAGUUGCAUCAUGAUCGCGUCAUCGCUCAUGUGGCUCCGGGAAGGUGAUGUCCACUUGGCAGUAGAUCAGCCCAACAUUGUCACCAGUGGUCAUCAAAGAAUACUCCUUGAUAUACGUACGUCGGAGCAAUCGGGACAGUGGACUAUACAAGAAUGGCAGGAAGCCAAAAUAGUUUCUACCGUGGUUGUGAGGAGGGAAGAAGAUGGUGUAGUGCAGAAGUUUUCCGGGUUCGUGCCUGCCCCAAGUGCUAGAAGUAUUGUACAAGCCCAGUACUCGCUUGAUGCCGCUGAUCUCAGAUUGGUGGGACACAUGGCUGCAGCACUCGUUGAGCUCGCCUUGGAAAAGGGCGAAAUCAUGUCGGAUAUGACCGCUGCCGGUAUCACGCCCCGGUCUGUUAAGUUGCAGCACGUAUCGCAAGAUAAUUACCUCACGACAAGCCGGAAUUCUAUGGAUUGUUACGGUUGGGAUUCUUCAACAGGAGUCGACGAAGCAACUAUCGGGCGAUACGCCAAAGAUUACAGGGACUGGAUGGAGCUUGGAUGCCCAAACCUAGGCCAACCACAGGAGGGAGUUGGCCAUCCGCUCUUCAUGAAACCGGUAAAUGCACUGAUCUGGGUACUUCAGCGCGUCAGUGAAUGGAGCAGUUCUCGUUCCGGUUCGCCGGCUCAUCAAAUCUCUCCCAACGUCGCUGAGGCUGCAUGCUACAUGGCCGCUGAGUCUACUUAUUCGGCGACAUGCACCCGUUUCGCGCGAACUCGCUACUUCAGAACAGGCCAAUUCGCUGGCAUUGCCGAUAAUGCCAUGCACAUUCUGCACAGCGUCUUCAGUGAUGCUCUUGUUGCGGCAAUGGGUGCUUCUGCCCCCCCAAUUAAAUCCAACAGUAUGAUGAAUCCAAUGAACAAGAUCACCAUCACGCAAUACCGUGCACAGGCAAUGGCGUCUUUGCUUCCAGGUGCAUCGAUGGCUAUCGGCUAUACAGGCACAUAUGAAUCGGGCAUUUCAGGACGUGACCUUGUUUACGCGACAAAUGGCUACGUUGCAGUGGCUUCGUCGAUCAAUUCUAUCACGACUCUGCGACCUCAAUGUCUGGCUGUGGAGAUAGUUGCGGGUUAUUUACGAUGGGAAAAUGAAGAUGUUUCCCUACAGCGUCUCAUGGACACAGAGCCCUGCGGAGACGAGGGUGUAGCGACAACUCCGGCGAGCCUCACAGUUGACCCAUACGGUCCGGCUGGCCAAUACAUCGGUCUGGUGCCCCUUCCAGACCCAGAAGAAGCUAGCAUCAAAUAUCAUCUCGCAGUUGACAAAAAGAUUCUCUGGAUUACCACCAGCAUUCUUCACCCGGGAACCAAUGUUCGGGUUCGGGUAGAUUGGACAAGCUCCAUGGAGGCAGUAGUCAUGGCACAGCACGUGGACAAGGGUGCAAUGUCAUACACCAUCGAGGAGACCAUCGCGGACCGUUGGAAACGGGACAAUAUCUGGGAAACCAUCGGGUGGACUACUGCAAGUGGCAAAAUUACGCACAGACAGGGUGUCCCGAUCCGAUACAUCAGUCAAACUUACGGUCAAGAAGAGCUCCGCUUUUUCCUAGCUGGCAGACGUCUCAUGCAUAGGUUAUUCAUUCGACACGGCGCCGUUCCGCUUGUGACAUGUAUCCAACAAGCACUUCAAUACGAGGAGACUUCUGGUGAGGCUUCGAGAACGGUGCAUGGCCCCAGGCCUGCUUGGAUCAGGCCUGACAUGGAAGAGCAGAUGCGCUUUCCCGGGUGGAUCAUAAUCACUUGA